AUGACAGAGGUUUCUUCCACCAGGUUAUACCUGGGUAACCUUCCACGAAAUGCUACCAAGGCUGAUGUGGAAGCUCAUUUCAACACCCAUGGCACUGGCGAAAUCACCGAGAUCAAGCUGAUGAACGGCUUCGGAUUCAUCGAAUACAAAGAUGCUAUGGACGCGCGUGAUGUAGUUCCUGCCUUCCACGGCUCGGACUUUAUGGGCGAGCGCUUGACCGUGCAAUUUGCACGAGGUACUCGCAAUCGCGACUCUUUUGCCAAUAAUGAGCAUACUGCUCCUCGCCCUCGCCGUACCCCCCAUCGUAUGCAGAUAUCUGGACUUCCAGGUGAAACCAGCUGGCAGGAUCUCAAAGAUUUUGCCCGCCAAUCCAGCCUUGACGUCGUCUAUUCCGAGACCGGCCGUGACCGAGACGGCAAAGGCUUCGUUGAGUUUGAAACUGCUGCGGAUCUCAAGACUGCAGUAGAUAAACUUGAUGGCCGUGAGUUCAAGGGCGUUCGUGUGACCUGUGUAGCCGACACACAACCGGACAUCCCUCGUGAUCGUGCCCGGUCUCGCUCGCCCACGCGCCGACCUUACCCUGAUGACUAUGAUCGACGUGGACCACCCCGUGGAUACAGCCCUCGUCGUGAUGCCUACCGUGACAGGAGCCCCCCACGACGGGGUUACUACGACGAUGACCGUGGCCGCUACCGUUCUCCACCUAGAGCUCGUGGCCCUGUUGAUGAUUAUCCGCCCCCUCGCGGUCGAUUUGAUGAUCCUUACCGCCGUGACUAUCCACCAGACCCUUACGUUAAUGGCCAUGGCAGGCCACCCUAUGAGCGAGGCCCACCAAGGGAUUAUCCACCAAGGGAGCGCCGUGGUUAUGCAGAUGAUUAUCCCCCCAGCCGUUAUUGGUAA